UUAUGCUCUUUUGGAUUUAGUAUCAGAGAUACCCUCUUAAGGUAUAUUAUCCCUUUGGAAGUUUCAUACAGUUGCACAAUAGCAAUGCCGAAUAGUAAAUCCCUAUACUUGUGUUUACUUUUGCUUUUUGUGUUUCUUGGCUUGAUGCAUUCAACAGAGUGCAAGAAGAAGAAAAAUCUUGAGCCAUGUAUGAAUUUGAAGUAUUAUUACCACGAUAUACUUUAUAAUGGCUCCAAUGUUCAGAAUGCAACAUCUGUACUGAUAGCAAAACCACCUGCUACUGCUAAUUUUAGUCUCCAGUUUGGAUAUAUGGUGGUUUUUGAUGAUCCCAUUACCCUUGACAGUAAUCUACAUUCUCCUCAAGUGGGAAGAGCUCAAGGAGUUUACUUCUACAAUGGGAAAAAUAUCCUGGGUGCUUGGUUUGGGUUCACAAUUGUUUUGAAUUCCACUGAUUACAAAGGGUCCCUUACCAUGGCUGGAGCAGAUUAUCCAAUUGUUGAUAAGCACAGGUAUUUUUCUGUUGUGGGUGGGACUGGGGAUUUCCUCAUGUCAAGAGGAAUUUGCACUGUUACCACUGAUGAGGUGGAGGGACUCGCUUAUUUUAGGCUUGUCAUGAACAUUACCCUCUAUGAGUGUUACUCAUAAGAAGUGAUUGUAUGUUGGUUAUGCACAAAUCUGUUUCUCUGUUAUGGAUCUCAAGGUUUGAGUUCAUAUGUUUUGUGAGUCAUAUCCUGUAUCUUGUCCAAGGUAUCCAUAUGCUUUUGUUAGUCAUCUUAUUAGUUGUUAAAGUAUGUAUCUCAUGCAUAUGGGAUGGUAUCACAUUUAAUAUUGUAAAUACUUUUAUAAAAGUAUUAUUAAAGGGAUCUAUGUGUUUGGUAAGUUAUCUUAUUAGUUAAAAGAAUGUAUUUCAUACAUAUGGGAUGGU